GACUCCAUAGAAUAUUUGAUUGAUAUUAUUUACCACAUUUGGGAAAAUUUCCUAGAUUAACAAUUGUGGAUGACUAUAACUAGUGUUACAAGGAAGCAACCGGACAAACAGAGAGGUUGAAUAGAGGAAGAGAAAACUGCAAGAGUUUCAGUUUGAAUUGGAGUGGAGUGGUGCUGAACAAGUAGGAAGAUCUGAAGAUGGCUGUGGACUACUAUGUGACUUUGGGGGUUGACCGUGAUGCAACUGAUGAAGGGUUGAAGAAAAUAGGCUUCCUUGGAGCCUUAAGGAGCUAUAUAAGGGGACUACUAAAAAAGAUGAACUCGAGUAAAAUUGCGGAUCCAAACUGUGUAUUUACAAGAGAUGGUAAUGAUUUGGUUGUCACACAAAGGAUAUCACUUGCUGAAUCUCUAACAGGCUACACUGUCCAUCUUACAACACUGGAUGGCAGGGCCCUGAGCAUUCCCAUAAACAAUGUGAUUCAUUCAAGCUAUGAAGAGGUGGUCCCCGGGGAAGGCAUGCCUAUUCCAAAAGAUCCUUCAAAGAAGGGUAAUCUCAGGAUCAAAUUCAACACCGAAUUCCCAGCAAGGUUGACCUCAGAGCAGAAAGCAAGAAUUAGGAAAGUUCUAGCGCCAUAAUAGUCUUUGCUCUAUCAUUAUAAUUUUAUGUAGUUUGUGCAAUGAGUUAUUUGAUGUCUGACAUUUUGAAUUAAGGUUGAUACUUGAUAGUAGUACUGAGUAAUUAGAAUUGUUGGGAAUUGUUUUAUCAGCCUUUGAACUUAAUAGCUACGUACGUGAUUCUAGAAAUGAGUUCGCUCCAUUUAGAACAUACGCAU